AUGGAGCCAGAGCCCGUGUUGCAGGUGCCAAAGCUCGACUGGCAGCCCACGCCGCACACGCGAGCCCCACGCCAGGGCACGGGAAUCCCCAUCAUCUGGAACGGCAUCGAGGGCAAUACGUUCUGCACGGUGGCCAAGAGGGGGCUCGAGUUCCGGCAGGACUACGACUCAUACCCGCUGCCCGGUCCCGGCGGUCCAGGCGGUCCAGGCGGUCCAGGCGAUCCGGGAGGUCAGGGACCCCGGGGCCCAACGGGGCCUCCGGUGACCUUCCAGCCCGGCCCUCCGAGCCCAAUCUGCACAGCACACUGUGGCGUGCUGUGCAAGGGCUUCUACUGCGAUUUCAACCCCAUCGGCCAGCCUCCAGACUUCACACCACCGGCACCGCCCAGCGAUAACGAACCAAUUCCGACUGGAGGUCCGGACACUGACUUCCCCACGCUCGAACCAAUCCCGACGGGCGGCCCAAUCCCCACAGACUGCGCCUCGCACGUGCGUGUCGACCAAAGCUCCCCCGCUCCGCCGCCAGAGCCCACGCACAACCCGGACGACGACAUCCCGACCGGGCCCCCGACGUUCUACCUCUACAACGGCGCCUGGGUCACCGAGUCGUCCAGCCCGCAGAGCCUGGCCAAGGCCGUCGAGAAGAAGAACGUCGACAACUGCGACGCCAUAGACACGUCUCCGGACCUCGACGGCGCAAAGGGCGACUGGAGCUAUCCCUGGCCCGAGCAGUCCUUCAAGGUCAAUCUGUGCUCCAAGGACCUCGAGUUCCAGAAGACGGGCGACGACUACGACGUGUACAGCGGCGGCAAAAAGGUCGGCAGGUGCAGCAAGGCCUCUGACCAAAUCAAGGAGUGCUUCUGGUUUCCCAUCAUAUCGGCAGAGUACAACCAGGCCUAUGGUUGCACGGGCGCUUGCUGA